AAAGCGCUGCGACGAUAUUGAUCGAAAGCAUUCCCUGCUGAUAGAAAGUAGACAUUGAUUGUUGUUAGUUAAAACCGUGAAUAUGCAAAGGCUUGAUAAUGGAGAUUAUGAGUAUUCCCAUGCGACAAACUAUCAGGAGCGACCGUCCACAAGGCCCCUUGUCGAUCCAGAUGCACAGGGCGAAGUGGAUCCAACCAGUUACCCUCAACCGAAGGAAGCAACGCACAAAAUUAGGGGUAGAUCGGAUGUAAUUGAGUUACUAUUUGGCGCCGUAGAUCAAGAAUUGUUAAUCGUAAAGAGCUUCUAUUUCUUUUUUUAUUCCGCUUUUGGAUCUCUUUUUCCACUAAUGGGUGUCUACUUUAAACAAAUGGGAAUGAAUGCAAGUCAGUGCGGCUUUCUAAUAGGAUCACGUCCGUUUGUCGAAUUUCUCGCGGCGCCUUUCUGGGGAAGCCUCGCAGACCGGUGGCAGAAAGGAAAAAUAUUACUAUUGGGAUCGUUGGCGGCGUGGAUAAUAUUUACCGUUCCAAUCGGAUUCAUUCAGCCGCCCCCAACGUCGUGCAUUGAAAUAAAGAACGAUGGAUUAUACAUAAAAACCUACGAGAGGAACCCAACUAAUCAAUCGAACUGGUACGCGAGCAAUAAAGAGAUUGAAAGUUUAAGAGCCUAUCGAUCUAAUUUUCCUGCGGUGAUCGCCGGACAGUCACCAAGAAAUGUUGAUUUUGUGAAAAAUUACGAACCACAAAAACACGAAAGUUGGGUGCAACCAAUUAUUUCUUCCAUUGUGUAUAGAGUACAAGACAUUCAAAAGGCUUUCUUCCUUUUAUUACUUUUAGUUAUAAUUGGCGAAUUUUUUAGCGCACCGGCGAUAACUCUGGCCGACUCUGCUGUAAUAACUCUCCUCGGCGAAGAUGCAGACCGCUACGGUCACCAAAGAAUGUUCGGUUCUUUAGGUUGGGGAUUGGCGAUGUUUUUUGUUGGAAUUGCUUUGGAUCACUCGACCGCAUUUACCGAUCAUCCGUGCGAACCGGAACGAAAGGAAAAAAAUUACACCAUAUGCUUCGCGACGUUUUCGGUCUUGAUGGGAGCGGCCUUAAUCACGGCCACUCAGAUUAAUUUUAAGUACGAUGUACCAGAAGAAGCGCCGGCUAAGAAAGAAGAACAACCGACGUUGACAUAUGAAGAUAAGAUGCAAGCGCAAUUAGCUGAGCAACUUCAAUUACCUUCCCUUGCGGAUACAAGGGCGUCGGUAAACACCCAACCUCUCCAAGAAGAAAAUACAAAAAUGUUUGCGCAAACCACCCGAGAAAUUCCCGAGUGGAUCACAGUCUUACAGCAAUUCAAAAAUUUAAAAUGUGCUUCUUUUCUUUUUGUCGCGUGGUUUAUGGGUUUUGGUAUAGGGCUGAUUUUCACAUUUCUGUUCUGGCACUUGCAAGACCACGAUGGAACACCGACUCUUUUUGGUGUUGCGUCCGUCAUAAAUCACAUUUCAGAGAUAUUUGCAUACUUCUUCAGCUUUAGAUUAAUUUGCCAGAUAGGGCACGUAAAAGUGUUGUGUCUUGGACUAAUAGGAAAUACUUUACGAUUUUUGUACAUUUCAUGGUUGCAUAGCCCGUGGUGGGUUCUACCGUUUGAGUUUAUGCAGGGUAUUACUCAUGCAGCGGUGUGGGCAGCGUGUUGUUCGUAUAUAGCUCACAACACGCCCCAACAACUAAGAUCGUCCGCCCAAGGCGUCUUACAAGGAAUUCACCAUGGCCUAGGCAGAGGGUGCGGAGCUGUUAUAGGUGGAAUGUUUGUAAAUUCUUUUGGUUCAACUGCGACAUUUCGCGGUUACGGUCUAACGUGUUUAGUUGUACUGGGUGUCUUCGUCUUCAUUAAUUUUUAUCGACAAGAUCAAGGUUUUCUAAGAGAUAUUCCAGCGACGGAAGAUCCUAGACAAGUGGCCGAAGAAACGUCUCAUCUAGCACCACAUGGCGUUCCAAGCAAUCCAAUACCACGUGCUCUGUCAAGCUCCCGACUAAACGAACUUGCCCAGCAAGAUGGAUACGGUGCUACUUAUCAAACUGGAACUGGAGGAACGCUAGAUGUUCCUGGUGCUCCAUCAAAUCCAUUUGUACAGGGCAAUCAACAAUUUCAGGGAUCCAAACAGUCACCUCUGCGAUGUGGAGCGACCAUUCCUUCACCGGCUACCACCUUGCGAACCCAACAACCCAUUAGUACUGCUAAUACAUCUUACGAUUGGUAAAUGGCUACUAAUACCACCAUUUGAUGUUAUAUAAAUAUUGUAAUUUAAAUGUUUCAACCUAAAAACGAACUGAAUGCGUACAAGCAAAACAUGUAAUAAUUAGAUGGAAUAAUCCAAUUCUAAUAAUACUCAAUAAUCUAAGUAUUGUAAAUGUAUAUCUCUAAGUAAAGAAAUAUUUUAGUAAGAACUGUGCACUACAUAUUGGGCAAUUUAAUGAUCUUAGUUUAUUGCAGAUAACUUACUACUUAUACUGUGUUGUAAUUAUAUGUUUACUUAAAAUUUGAAUGGCAUGUAAAUACCACCCCUUAGUUCUUGCUUCAUAUAGGCAAACAUUUUCUAGCAUCUAAUUAUUGUAGCAUAUACAUUCGUUUUAGGUCUGAAGAAAAAAGAUAGGAAUUAUGCUUAAUGCAAUCGACCUAAAUUUGGUGUGAGUGCAACUAUAUGCUACUUACUAAAAAUUUAAAGUAAAAAGUAUUAAAGUUGGUGUACCUAUCAUCUCAAAAUACUAAAGAAAGUCUACAUACAUAGAAUCGAUGUUCAAAUCUUUAUGUACCUACUGCAUUUUAGACAGACGAUGAGGUAGAGGUCUUUUCUUCUUAUGGAUAUUACUAAUCUUAAAAAAGUCCCCUUGUAAUUUUUUUCUUGUUCAACGAUUGUAUAAGUAAUACUAUAAUACUGACAAAUUAUAUUAUAAUGUAAAUAAUGUGCUUACAAAUUUGAAAAAUAUAUGUUUAUAGCUGUCCUGUGAUUGUUUAAAGUUGUAUAAUAAGUAAACGUGUAAGUCUAAGAAAUUAAUAAUGUUUCUUAGAUAUUGUUAUAUGCAAUAUGAGAUUUACUUUUGUUGUUAUAGUAGAAAGGAAAAUGAAUUUAAAGAUGAUAGUACUUUAAUAUAACGUUAAAAUCAUCAAAAGUAAAUCGCAGUGAAGCAUUCUGCUAAAGUGACAUCCUUAGUCGAUACAUAUCUAAAAAGUACCAAGCAGUUGAAUACAAUUGCCUGUAGGUACGUUAAGGUUAAGUUGAAGAGCACCAUGUAAAUUAAUGUGUACUACAUAGAAAUGCACCAACAUGCAUGUAUAUUGUUAUUAGUAUUACAGUUUAUUUAGUGAAUGUUAACGCUCAAAGGUAGGUACGCUAGGGUCGUAACUAUAACUACAAUGAAACAAUCAUUGAUUGGCUGUUGUCAAUCAUCAUUACUAAGGAGUGAAUGGUUAUCGAUCUUUUACUGCUUGUUUUAAAAAUUUAUUUUAAAUUUCCUCAAUCACGAUAAAUAUAGUUUACAACAUGCAAUAAGUCCUCAAUAAUUACUUCUUUUCUGUAUUCGUUAUAUUGUA